UUUAGAGUGAUAUGAACAGGUUUAUGUGGCUUGGUACAGUCAGUUUCCACCAGGCAGCAGAACAGACAACAUGGAGAUGAAGGAUACGCCAGUUAGCGGAGGUGUCACCAUCCUCCACACAGCCCAGGACGGGAAGCACCACUAUGAGAUCGAGACCGUUCUGAAGGACAAGAGGGCAAAGAAGGAGAUUUUCAUGAGAAGAGGAGAUAAGAUCCUGAAGAUCAAUGGUGUAGAUGUAGAAGAUUUGUCUCCAGAAAUGUUUGCAAAGAUGCUGUCUGAAGGUAAUCCCAUGCUGACAGUCCACCAGGCCGGCUCUGAUGCUCCAGUGGUGAUCCAUCCGGAACCAGGCGACAUGUGCCCCUUCAACAAGGAGGACACGUUUCUCAGCCUGUGCCUGGACCUCACCACAGAACCCGGCGACUGCGACCAGGUGACGCUGGAGAGCGAGUGCGACCAGGAGUGCGACCAGGAGGAUGAAAACAUUCUGAUGGUGGUGGAGAUGCUGGACACCAGCGUGUCAGUGGUGAGGGGACGAGGGUGCGCUCACGGGGAGACGUGCAAGGACUGCGGCGGCACCGACUGCAACCUCGACGAAGUGGUCAUGAUGUCGAGCAAGAUCUCCCUUGUGUCUAGAGGGAUUCCUAGUUUUCUUCAAGAUAAAACCGAGAACAAUGUUGCCUUGGAGACCCUUCUGCGUAGGGGUUUUGUGAGCCGUUCUAGUCUCAAAAAGACACCAGCAAUCAAGCCAAAAGUGGGUACUGCAAAGAUCACAAUCUACUACUACCAGUCGGAUGAAGUGGAUGGUACAUGUAGAGGGCAGCCUGUUGUCUUGAACUUCUCGGGUAGCGACAAAUUUCUUCGAUGCUCCAGGCAUCCAGACAGUAAUGAGGUGCAAGUAGAGGUCAAGCAUUACGAGAAGAGCAAGCUGAAAUGCAUCCAGAAGACAGACGACCAGAGCCUGGCCUUUGUAUUUUACAUGACAUCUGGGAUGGAUAAUGCACGCGUGUUUGAAUCCGCAAACUGCGAGGGAUGGUUCAUUCAUGCUAAAGACAAACGUUGCACAAUGAGCUGUGCCCAGAAAGACGACUCCUUCUUCUUUAUCAUACGUGGUGCCUAACCCUUGAGGAGCAGCCAUUCCCACUAAGCAUCUCGGUGAAGACACACAGCAGCUAACAAUGUCCUAUCAUGGAACCAGUGAACAAAGCCAUAUAUUAUUUGAGGUUUCUGUUUAUUAUUAAGUAAAUAUUAUUUAACUUAUUUCAUUCAUCCAGAGUCAUUUCAUUUGGGUUUUUGGAUUUAUCAUGUAUUUUAUUGUUGUUAUUGAAUGCUGUAAACGACCCCCCCCCCUUCACUUACUGUACCAUGUUAAUAAUUCAGUCGGCUUCAGUCGGCUAUGGACAUUUUAAAUGGCUACCUGUAUGUACUUUACUUUUUUACCUGAAUAUUUUGACGUUGUGCAAUAAACCCAUUGUAAACAUUA